AUGUUCCGCAGGAAUGGCAGGAACGGAAUGCAACAGAAUCCGGUCAAUUGUUUGUUUGUUUUACUUCUGUUACCAAACAAAGGCAACGUUACCAAACAAAUGCAACACCAUUCCUUUCCACCACCAACAACCAUCCUCUCCCCCACCCCCACGACAGCCACGACAAACCGACAACGCCACGCCACGCCACCCACGACGACGACGACGACGACGACGACGAUGACCCCACAUGACCCCACGACGGCGACGACCACCCAGCAACGAACGGCGACGACCACCACCAGUGAUGUGGCAGCCAAACGGACAACAACAACAACACCACCACUAUCCACGAGCACCCACCACCAUCCACGAGCACUAACCACGACGACCACACAAACGCCGCAACGCCACGUCACAAACCAAACAAGCCCCCCACGGCACGAUGACAACGACAACAACGACGUCCACGGCAACAACGACGUCCACGACACGCAACGACGACAACGCAACGACGACAACGCGAUGACGACAACGCGACGCCGACACACGACGAUGACAACGCAACGACGACCACGCAACGACGACAACGCAACGAUGACAACGCAACGACGACCACGCAACGACGACAACGCAACGAUGACCACGCAACGACGACAACGCAACGACGAGCACGCAACGCGAUGA